AUGGCUGGGUCUUUUGCUGUUUUUGAAGCUUUAGAAAUUCAAACAACUUUUGAUGUAAUGAAUACUUCGUUUUAUACAAGAUUUGUGCAAUUUUACUUUGAUGGUGAUAAUGAAGAGGAAGCAGACAAUUUUUACAAAUAUGUUCCCGAAAAUGGUUCUGCCAAACCCGGAGAUUGGGAUACUGAAAAUGGAAUUCUUACAAAUGAAGAAAGGAUUAAAGAAAAUGUAGCAAAACAUAAAGAAGCAAAUAAAAAGUUGAUAGAAGAUUUUGGAAAGGGUGAUGGAUUUUAUCAAAACAAACCUUCAACGCUCGAAGAUCUAUACAAAAACAUUAAUUUUCAUUUUAUUAAUCAACAUCCAAAAGGAAAAUUCGAACAUUUUCCAAAUUUUAAAAAUGUUAUGUAUAUUGGGGGAAUUAUUGUUGAAGAACAGGGAAUAAUGACAAAAAAGAAAAGAGAGAAUAAGAAAGAGCCCGAAUGUAUUGUUUAUGUUGCAUUCGGGACAGUCUAUGAAGAUGGAGGAUUGAAAAAUAAUCUGGAAAUAAUGUUAGAAGAAUUUAGAAAAUAUGGCGAUUGUUUAUUUAAAGUUAGAAUUGGAAAAAAUGAGAUAACAGAAACAUAUAAAGCAGAUAAUAUAGAAUUUUUGGAAGUAUUUGCAGAACAGCAAAAUAUAUUAGCCCAAACAAAUACAAAACUAUUCAUUUCCCAUUGUGGACAGAACAGUUUUAAUGAGGCAAUGUAUGCAGGUGUUCCCCUAAUUUGUAUUCCAAAAUUUGCUGAUCAGUUUUACCUUUCUUCGCUGGCUGAACAUUUGGGCAUUGGGAUUUAUGUUUUAAAUGAUGACCAUUUUGGAGUUAGAUUCUCAGAAGCUCUUAGUAAAUUUAUGAAAGAAAUAACGGACGAUGGGAUAUCUGAAACAGCGUAA